AUGUCACUGCCGGAAUCAGGGAGACUCGCCAAUCACAUGGCGAGCACACUUCUGGCGCACCUGCGGCGGGAGUUUCGCACAUUCUCUGACGAGGUUGCCGGCAGAAUUGGCGCUCAGAUGAAAGGACCAGCCGAGAAAGCAAAAUUCGCAAUGGGGCUUCUUUUUGGGUUUGUGAUCAUAGCUUCGUACUACGAAGCCAUCAGGGGGAGGCUAGACCAAGAAAGGGCAAUUGAAAUCGCACUAGAGAAGAAUGAGAAGCGCAGAGGGGAGACAUUGUCAGCGUCUAUGGCGGCCGGUAGCCAGGAAGAAAGCGCGAAGAAAAAAGGCACCGGCGGCGCGACCAUUCCCGAUCAGUGCUCAGCGACAGAGGGGGCCAAUGCAAGAACGCAGUCCAAGACGGUGGUGAAUCAAGAUGGCAAGACAACGGAGAAAGAAGAAUCGUUGGCAACUUGCUAUAAGUGUACCGUCGGAGGAUUUGUUGCCAGAGCAGUCGCCGCGGCGGCUUGGGCGAUCUUCCGUUCAAGCAAAUAG